AUGGGACUGAUCUCGGUUCAGAGCCGCCCCAGCCGCUGUGCCGGCAGCUUCAUGAAUAUUAUUUCAGCAAAACAGCGGGGACCAGACUGGACCGGUCCGGCUCAGGGAAGCCCCAGGCAAUCGGGCGUCAAUAGGAGGCUCACCACCGGCAGGAAGCGCAGUGAGAACAGGGAGAGCAGUGCCUGGAGGUGCUGGGGCGGGGCUCUGCCAGACUGGGGAUCGGCCUUUGCGUUUCACAUCGAGCCAGGUGUCCACGACCUGCCCAAGGUGUCGCACUUCCCCAGGUGCUCCGCGAAGCUACGAGCUCGCGAGGCUGAGAGCGCCUGGGAGCUGCGCCCGCCCCACCACCGGCCUGACCACGUCCUCCACUCGCCCAGAGCACGUGGGCAAGAGCACAAGUCCGAUGGCCCGCCCUUGGCCCCGCAGCCGCUUCGCCAGCGAGCUUUCGCCGUGCCUGCUGUGUGCCGGGCAGAGCUCCGGAGCAAGGACAGCCAGAGUCCUGUGACGAGGGCACCCAGCCACACCCACGUCAGACCAGUGCAGCCCUGCCGGCUCCUCCAUCCAUCGCUGGAGGAGGGCAAGGCUGUUCUCUUCUGCCUGACCCGGUACUCGGUCCCCGAGAUACAGCUCGGCGUCGGGUACAGAGGCCAGGCUCUGCUCCAGACCCCCAGCCCGCCGCCCCGCUCUGCCCUCCGCUGUGGGGCAGCCGCGCACCCCGCGCCUCCCUCGGCCAGCCGCGCCCAGCCGCGCCCUCCUGGGCCCUGGACGUCCCCCUGUUCCCUGCUCCUCGGCAGCCAGGCAGGAAGGCUUCUCCCCGCAGAGUGCUGUCUGUCCCAGGCACGCCCGUGCCCACCUAGCAGGCUCCCCGCACUGUCGAGCGGCCCCCGGGUCCCUUCAGACGCCCCCACGGGCAGCGGCUCCCAGAGCCCGGAGAGCACCGGGCAGCGGCCGGACCUGAGACAGCUCUGCCGGGUCAGGCCCGAGCUUCCGGUAGGGGCGGGGGGCCCACAGCCGGGGUCUUUCCCUGGGGCGGGAGCCCUGACCGCGGACAUGGUGCCAACGUCCUGCUCACAGGCCUGGGGCCCCCAGCACUCGCCUCACCCCCACUGGCUCCCGCUGACUUGGAAACGGAGUCGGUUGCGGCAGGCCUUUUCCAGAUGGCCGUUCCUCCGGAGGGUAGCACGGCCUCACCGCCUUCCCACGCAGGCCUUCCUGAGCCGGAAACUCUGCCGAGAACUGCCAGCGGGCCCCACCAGAAUCAGCGUGGUGAUGGGACAGAGAGGGCUGGUGAGGCCGCGUGUCCUGACUGCCGGGACCCCCAAGCUGCCCCACGGAGGGGAGCUCAGCCCUACAGGGCCAGCAGAGGCCAGUACCUCCGGGGAGUGGUGUGGGUGGGAGCUGCUCGACGACCCUGGAACCACAGGCCUGAGCAAGGGUUGUCGGGAUGGAGAGGGUCUGAGUGGACAGCUGGCGGAGGGGCAGAGGGGCAGAAUGUCCGUGUUACGAGAAAACUCAGAAACGCGCUACAAAGAGACCGAGCACGAUCAAAGCUUCUUCUGGAGAAACGCCUGUUUUGAUGGAGAGUUUCCAGCUGCCUCUGUCCUAACUCUUGGCCUCAGCUUUGGGGGCAAGGGCCAGACCGUCACUGUCAUCAGAACUGCACUGCUGUCUCCGCACGCAGAGACACCCCAGGACCGCCUCCCUUCCUCCCAGAACCGCUCCUUCCCCUCACGGGAGCCCCAGCACCUUGUCUCACAGGUCCUGCCGGCCAGUCCCCUGCAUGGACAGACUUGUGUGGUCCUGGAGGCAGCCGACCAGAUGGAGGCUGUGCGUUACCGAGAGCUGGUCUGA